AUGGACAUUGCGCGUGGAUCGCGCCGAGCCCGCCAUGUAGCUGCCAAUGCUGCUGCCGCAGACGCAGACGUAGACAAUGACCGUGAUCAUGACCAUGAACGGCAGGAGCAACGACGACGGGAAUCCGCUGGUCGUGCCAUAACCACGCCCGGGACAACGGUGAUUGAUUCUGCGCAGACGCCUGAAUUGCGGUACGAUUUGAAUUCUGCGCUGAGAGGUGAGGCGCCGCGUGUUGUGAGGAGGCAGCACGUUGCUGGUACGGGUUAUUCGAGGACACCGGAGGAGGGAUCGCGGGAGGCGGGUGCUGCACCGCAUCCGUUUCGUUUGCAUAGGACCGCUCACUACACAAGCACAAGACUCAGCAUGCCAUACGACUCAGAAGACUCCGGCUCCGAGCCAGACCUCAGCAUUCUCGCCAUGGCUAGAGGCCGUCACCCCAUGGCAGACCAAACAAGAACCACUAACACCAUGACCUACGACGACGACGGCCCGUCACAAGAACAGUACGAAGUCGAAGACACCAGCAUCGGAGAACAGGUAGAGGAAGAAGCCGACGAAGAGGGAGACGAAGACCAAGAAAUCGUCAACCUAGUCGACCCUGCAACCAUUGGACUCAAGGAGAUUUCCAACCUCGGCAGGUUCACCGUCAGCAGCCACAAGCCUGGAAACGGGGUAGAAGAGCUACGCAGCGAUGACCUCAAACUGUACUGGCAGUCGGAUGGCCCGCAGCCGCACAAACUAACAGUCUACUUCGUCAAGAGGGUCGGUAUCCGCGACAUCCGCUUCUUCGUCGACUACACCGAGGACGAGUCCUACACGCCCACCAAAAUCGUCUUCAAGUCAGGCACAAGCGAGAACAACCUCAUUGAGUUUGCGACCAUGACCAUGGACAGCCCCGUGGGGUGGCAGCAGGUUCCGAUUGCGGGGGCGGGAGGCGAGCCAGACGGGAAUACGUUGGUGUCGUAUGUCUUGCAGAUGCAGAUACUGGAGAAUCACCAGAAUGGAAAGGACACGCACUUGAGGGGGAUAAAGAUAUAUGCGUUUGAUGCGGAUGCCGCACAGGCGGGGAGGGAGAGUGCUGCGGAUGAGGGUACCGAGACGGGGACGCGGACGGGGCGGUUUGAUACGGGGGAUAGGUUGGGUGAUAUUGUGAGGGAGUUGGCGGCCGCGAGGUUGGAGGGUGGGGAGGCUGGGUUUUCGAUUCCGGAUUUUAUGAGGGAACCUGAGAUUCGAUGA